AUGGCUCAGCGUCCCGGAACAGCAACACUGCAGCAAAGACUUCCCUCAUUUCAACAUGAGCGGCUGAAGUCGAACGCCAAUUCCAUACGACUUGUACAGAUCCAUGGCUCGACGGUCAAAAGUGGACCUAUAUCCCUGCGUAUCACACAAUACGCAAAGCAUAGAAGACCGAAAUAUGCUGCGAUCAGCUACACUUGGGGAAGUUCAGCCCAUCUUCACCCUGUCCAGAUCAAUGGCAAGCCGUUCUUUGUCCAUGCCAACCUGUACAACCUGCUUCUUCAUUUGCGCCAACGCGGCGAGUCACGCCUGCUCUGGGUCGAUGCUCUCUGCAUAGAUCAGCAGAAUCUGGUCGAGCGGAACUUCCACGUACAAUUGAUGGCGCAGAUCUAUGACGAAGCCACCAGCACGAUCGUCUGGCUCGGAGCACCAAGUGAUGAUCGACGCGAAGCGCGAGCGAUCGACUUCGUAUCUGAGAUGGCUGAGUACCUGCGAAAGACAAAGCGAGAAGUUGCUGCUGGCUUUGAGAGGAUGUACUUCAAUGACAUUGCUGCACCCAGGUGGUCCAACCUGAUGGCUUUCUGCUGUCGGUCAAACUACUGGACUCGUGCAUGGAUCGUACAGGAGUUCCUGCAGGCUCGACAAAUCGAAAUGUACUGUGGUACUGCACAGCUGGAUUGGUCCUUAUACGCCAGCGUCUUCGGUGCGAUUCGAGAGCACUGCCGCUCCAGCUCCGGCGCACAGCCGGAUCUUGAGGACAUCCUUCGGCGCAUACUUAGCUCCAUACCGGGACGGCUCACGGCGCGACGGCUGUCCGGAAAAUCAAGUCCAUUACAGGAUCUUCUGCACGAGUUCUAUGAUGCCGAGUGUUCAGAGCCACGGGACAAGGUAUACGGAAUGCUUGGCAUCGCCAGUGACUGUGGGGAUUUAGCUGAUACUGGUACUUACAGUGGUCCACAGCCAGACUACAGCAAGCAUAUCCUCGAGGUUUACUUCGAUGUUCUGGUCCACCUGCGAGACACUUUCGUCACGCAAUCAGUCUCUCCGCUGACAACAUAUCUCCUGCAGCAGUCGUUGCAGAUCGGCAAACUCGACGUUCUCGAGUACCUCUCGCAGUUUGAUGAGCCCACCCUGCAGGUCAAGAUGCUGGAGACGAGCUUCAAGCUUCAGCCUAUGUACAUGAACGCCGUCUCUGACACAAUCACCAGCUGGACGUCCGUUCACGAUCUCCAGCAGCGUCUCGACGACUUUGACUGGUCCCAAUACGUGGGCUACACCGUGCAAGCACGCAUGCGACCACAGACGCCUCAAAGAGCACCCUCCUCCCCCACGCCUUCAUUCUCAUCCCAGGCUCGGACGUCUGUCACAGGCAUGCACCGCGUUGCUUCUUUGACGUCUACCGUACCAUCCCUCAACGCCAUACCUAAGGACCUGAUCUCCAACGCCCUCGCCGUGGCGGAGGUGCAUCCGGCUCUGUCAACGUUGUACCACUAUCUUCCGCAGGCCAAUGGCUUCCACCUGCCCCCAUCUCUGCUGACGACCCACCACCAAGACAAGCAGCUACUCGGGCCAGCUGCCUCCUCGCAGCGACCAACCCUCAUCAUUGAAAGUUCACCUUGCGCGCAGCCUGUACGCCUCGGCUUCGCCCCUCCAGGCACGAGACGUGGGGACAUUAUCUGUCAAUUCCAAGGCACGGACCUCACACUAAUAGCAAGACGGCCUGCGUAUGGAGGGCAAAGUCUACAGCUGGUGGGCCGUGCGAUCAUGGUGACGCACGAGGGUUUGAGUGGAAAGCAGGGUGAAGUACAUCCGAUAUGCAGGGCUGGGCUCGGCAGAUGGGGUUCAAGCUGUCUGGGAGAGCAGUCGGAGACGGUCCUCAACGGUGAGCAGUAUUCAGAGGUUGGAUCCAAAGAUUUCGGAGAAGCAAUCGGUGGCGGCACGAAGCCCGACAUGAGCGCCGGCGUGGACGGUGAAUUUGCUCACGAAGUCAUUGAGACAGAUGCAAUAAGCAUGUUUGAGAUUUUGCGAGGCGGCGAGCUGAAGGGAGGAAGCACAGUCUGGCUUGAAGCUUGA